AUGGGUCCUGGGACUGAUGUGUGGCCUCAAUGUACUUCAUUGGAUAUUGGGUAUUCAAAGGAAUGUGCUCCUGCAAUGGAAGAAGAUGAAGAGCCUGAGGAUUCAGAUAACAUCAACCAACCAAAGGCUGCUAAGCCUCCACGGAAUCUUCAGCCAAUGCGGCAUUGUAUCAGCCAGGCAAUGUUGGCUGGCACCUCUGAUUCGAAAUCAACAAACGAAGGUACUGGACUGAAGUCACAGCAAAACGAGAGAUCUCCAUAUUUGCCUGUCUUUCGUUCAGGAAGCUGUUCUGAGAUGGGUCCAAAACCAUACAUGGAGGACGAAUAUAUUUGUGUAGAUGAUCUUCGAGAACAUUUAGAUACACAACCGGAUUACCCUUUUCAUGGAGCUUUUUAUGGGGUGUUUGAUGGACAUGGUGGCAUUGAUGCUGCAUCGUUUACCAAAAGAAACAUUCUUGAGUUCAUUCUUGAGGACUCUAGCUUCCCAAAGGCGGUAAAGAAGGCGGUCAAGAAUGCUUUUGCCAAAGUUGAUCAUGCAUUAGCCGACACUAGAUCUCUCGAUAAUUCCUCUGGAACUACUGCUUUGAUUGCCCUCAUUCUGGGAAGAAAUAUGUUAAUUGCAAAUGCUGGGGACUCGAGAGCUGUACUAGGCAAGCGAGGAAGAGCAAUCGAACUCUCAACAGACCACAAACCAAGCUGCACAUCCGAGAAGCAGAGAAUCGAGAAGCUUGGCGGCGUGAUUUACGACGGCUAUCUCAACGGUCAACUAUCGGUAGCACGUGCACUAGGAGACUGGCACAUGAAGGGACCAAAAGGUUCAGAUGGUCCGUUGAGCGCGGAGCCAGAGCUCGAAGAAGUAACCUUAAACGAAGAAGAUGAGUUUUUGAUCAUUGGGUGUGACGGUUUGUGGGACGUGAUGAGCAGCCAAUACGCAGUGACGAUUGUAAGAAAGGAACUUAUGCUACAUAACGAUCCGGAAAAAUGCUCUCGAGAACUCGUCAGAGAGGCUUCGAAGCGGAAUAGUUGCGAUAAUCUGACGGUCGUGGUGGUCUGUUUCUCGUUGGACCCGCCACCGAAGAUCGAAAUACCGAAAAUGCACAGGCGGAGGAGCAUAUCGGCCGAAGGACUGGAUGUUCUAAAGGGUGUUUUGGGUAACGUGUGAAAAAGCAAACAAAUGCCCCCAACACCGGGGUCACUGUCAGCUUUUUCGGUAACUGUGAGUGUCUAAAGCAGCUUGGGCACUACGGAUUUGAAACAGAAGAGCUCUUACUUGCGAGAUUUUGACUUCCAUAUUGUUGAGUUUCUAGCAGAAGUUGUACAAAAUUUUUGCACCACUAGUCUUCCAUUUAUUAUUUUUGAUAUACAUAUUUUUGGUUUUAUGUUACAAGAUAAUAAAACUUGUAAUUUCAAGUUUCUGAUAUGUCAAUUUUUGCUCUAAGUAGUCAUCUUUUCCAAGAUUUCU